CUACCCAAACCAAAUAAAAACAACAAAGAAAACCCAAAAAAACAUUCCUCUUUCUGCUUCAUUUUCAAUUCUUGCUGAAGAAAAAAAGGUAAAAAAAAAAAUGAGAGCUUUCUCUGCAUUCCACUCUGCCAAGCUCUCAUGUCUCUCAAAAGUAGUAAUUUUCACUACCACAACCACACCUACAAUCACAAGGACUCGGCUUUCUUUUCCUGCCAAACCCUUCUCUUGCCAAGCACAGUUCGCUGAUUCAGAGAUAGAUGGUUCGUUCAGCUUGAAAGUGGUGUCUCCAACCCUGUUAGCAGCAGAAAGAGAAGAAGCUAAGGCUGUUUUGUCCUUGUUCUUUAAGAAACAAGGAUUGAGCAAUGCAGUUGCAACAAGAACCAUAAACAAGUCAGACCAUUUCAUCGACCACCUGAUCGCAAAGCUUCAUUAUAUUUAUAAAUCUCGGUAUCUAGUAGGACGUGAGCUUACAACUCUUGAGAUCAGGGAUGCUCUUAUUCCUUACCUUGAGUCCCUUCUGGAAGAGCAUGGGAACAUUGUAGUAGAUGUAGUGGAAAACUUUCCAAAUCCACCUGUUAAAGAAAAAACAGUUGUGCCAGUUUCUCAGCCCAAUCCAACCCUUGACUCCAAGAAGCUAAAGGCCAUGUCUCGAGUGAGUGAGAUAGACCCAGAUGGCAAGCUCCGCCCUCACAUUCUCUAUCUCAUAGAACUUGGCUUGGAUCUUGAGAAGAUCAGGGCAAUUACACAAAGAUUCCCAGCUUUUGCCUACUAUAGUUUGGAGGGAAAAAUCAAGCCAGUGGUUGAGUUUCUUCUUGAUCUUGGUGUACCAAAAUCAGAUAUUCCCACCAUCCUCAACAAAAGGCCUCAAUUGUGUGGAAUAAGUCUCUCUGAAAACCUUAUACCCACUAUGACUUUCUUAGAGAAUUUGGGUGUGGACAAGAAACAAUGGGCGAAGGUGAUAUACCGCUUUCCAGCACUUCUCACUCAUAGCAGGCAGAAGGUGAAGACCACUGUAGAAUUCCUUUGUGAGAUGGGCCUCUCUGCAGAGAGCAUUGGUAAGGUUCUGACACGCAGCCCAAACAUUAUAAGCUACAGUGUGGAGGACAAGUUACGCCCAACAGCUGAGUACUUCCUUUCGUUGGGGGUUGAUGUUGCUGUUCUUCUCUUUCGUUGUCCACAAACUUUUGGUCUUAGCAUUGAGGCCAAUUUGAAGCCUGUGACUGAAUUUUUCUUGGAGAGGGGAUACAGCAUUGAGGAAAUAGGGACCAUGAUUUCAAGAUAUGGAGCUCUAUAUACCUUUAGCUUGUCCGAGAAUUUAAUACCAAAAUGGGAGUUCUUUUUGACCAUGGAUUAUUCAAAAUCAGAGCUGGUGAAAUUUCCUCAAUAUUUUGGUUAUAGUUUGGAGGAGAGGAUUAAACCAAGGUAUGCCCUCGUGAAGGAGUCUGGAGUUUCAUUGCUGCUGAACCAGGUUCUGUCACUGUCAUAUAGUGACUUUGAAAAGGUCUUGGAUAAGAAAGUGAAGAAAAUGCUCUCCAACAAGGAUAAGAGUGGCAGCAGUGACCUUCGAUCAGACAAUGUACAUUGAGACGUGUGCAGAUAUAACAGUAUACGAUACCCAAUUUGAAGGAUCAUCGUGGGCGUGCAGUUAUAGAAACAAGUAUGAUGCUUUUAAGUGGGCAUUACAGUUGGUGUGUCUUGGUGUUUGAAAAUUUGGAUCAUGUAAACGUAUUUACUACUGAAUUUGGAAACUCUAGGCAUUUUUGUGCUGUUAUGAGAUUUAAUCAAGUUUCGGAGUACAUUUUGGCACAUAAUGCUACAUGCAGAAGGAAUGAAGACGCAGCUAUCAUCCCUGGUCAGCUCCUUCUUCCCAAGGAUUACCUGCUUUAUGGUCCUGUAUAUGGACAAGGUUUUCUCUUUUGCAUUACUCGAUGGUGGGGCAUCAAGGACUUAAAUGGAGGCAGAAUGAUUGUUAUUGAAAUGAAUCUGUUCUCAUUUGCAUAGCAUAAAGUAUUCCAUUGCUGAUUCAUUGCAUUUGAAAUUUAGAAGUAACUAGUACCAACAUUUUGUUAUGUUUUUCAUUUUACUUCCAUUUUUCCAUUUUGCCUUGUAUACUCUUCCAGAGAUGUAGCCUGGUUCAGCAUUAUCUAUUCGUUAUUAUUGAUAAAAUGGCCUUUUUGACCGAAUGCCUUAUUGUCUUCAUUUUGUAAUAAUACCAUGAUUCAUUGACGAUGUAAC